UAAAGUCUGCACGUGAUAACAACAGAGAAAGAUCCAACAAAAACAAUCGGAAAACAACAACAACAACAGUCCCACAGAGUCCGUCACGAGUCUGUUGUCCUUCACUGUCCCCGCUCGUGUCCCCGCGCAGGUCCCCGCGCAGGUCCAUGCUCUCUGCGGUGCUCGUGGCCGCGGUCGUGGGCGGUGGUGUCCUGGUUCUCCUCCGCCGGCUCUUUCCGCAGCAGAAGCCCGCAGAGCCGCUCCGCUUCCCCGCCGGAGCCAUGCGCGGGAAGACGGUCAUCAUCACCGGGGCCAACAGCGGCAUCGGGAAGGCCCUGGCCGGGGAGCUGCUCAAGCUGCAGGCGCGGGUCAUCAUGGCGUGUCGGGACCGGGGCAGGGCGGAGGAGGCGGCCCGGGAGCUGAGGAGCCAGGCCGGGCAGGAGCAGGGGGAGCUGGUCAUCAAACUCCUGGACCUGGCCUCGCUCCGGUCCGUGCGGAGCUUCUGUGAGGAGAUCACCAAGGAGGAACCCAAAAUCGAUGUGCUUGUGAACAACGCGGGCCUGUACCAGUGCCCUUACACCAAGACCGAGGACGGCUUCGAGAUGCAGCUCGGCGUCAACCACCUGGGCCACUUCCUCCUCACCCACCUCCUCCUGGACCUGCUCAAGAAGUCCGCCCCCAGCCGCGUCGUCGUCGUCUCCUCCAAGCUCUACAAAUACGGCUCCAUCAACUUCGACGACCUCAACAGCGAGACCGAGUACGACAAGGCCUUCUGCUACAGCCAAAGCAAGCUCGCCAACUUGCUCUUCACGCUGGAGCUCGCCAAAAAACUGGAAGGGAGCGGCGUGACGGUCAACGCGCUCACCCCCGGCAUCGUGAGGACCAACCUGGGCAGGCACGUCGCGAUCCCGUUUUUGGCGAAACCGCUGUUCAACCUGGCGUCCAUGGCGUUCUUCAAGAGUCCGCUGGAGGGAGCGCAGACGCCGUUGUACCUGGCUUGCUCGCCGGAAGUGGAAGGCGUGUCCGGGAAGUGCUUCGCCAACUGCAAAGAAGAGGAAUUAACGCCGGCGGCAACGGACGAGCAGGCGGCGAAAAGGUUGUGGGACGUCAGCUGUCGGAUGGUGGGGAUCACGGAGGAGUGAAGGAGGACUUUUGGGGACGUUUUGGGACUCUCGCCUCGGACUAAAAAGAUGGACUAGUUUCGAGACGCUGAGGGAGGAGUGUAAUUUGCAGUGUUGAUGAAAUGACCUAUUAAAGUUUGAGCGAUUUUAUGUCAAAA